UCUAAACUUGGCUGAAGGCCGGUAGCCAGAUCGGGCUGUUUUAUAUACUUUGUUGUACUGCCUGCCUGCCUUGCUUUUGCAACUGUCCCAUAGAGCUUUGUACGAGCUCAACUGCCCGGGAGAGGAGUCAGUGGGGAAAAAAUCUAUGUUGCUUGGUGGUAGCUGAUUGCAUCCCAGUUUCUGCCAAGUCAGUAACUUCAGUAAGCUCCCUCCGCCCCCCCCACCUCCCUCCACCCCCUCCAAACUGCAGGAUUCUGUUCUGGAUGAAAAUAACUUGUGGUUUCGAGAGAGUAGAAUUGGUUGGUACGGAUCGCCAGUGUGCACGGUCUAUUGUUUGAAAGCUGCACUUAAAACCCAGAAUGAAGAUGAAAACGGCAUACGGAUGAGUGAGUCCGAUGAGUGUCGGUGUCGGUGCUGAGCGGAGCGGCUCGCGGCUUUGGGCGCGGGGAUGAGCGGGCACGGGGGCUGCUCGGCCACUCGGCGCUGAGGCGCCGUCUCCGCCGCACGGAAACGUGCCGAGGACGCCGCGACCCAUGGGCUUGUCAGGGUGCGCUUCUGGAGUCGAAGAAACCGUCUAGCGCAAAAAAGGUAGCCACACACAACUUUGGGUUCACUGAAUUAUGGAAAUUUUGUGGAAGACGGUGACUUGGAUUUUGAGCCUAGUCAUGGCCGCUUCGGAGUUUGACAGUGACACAAGGCUUUCUUACAGUUCACAAGAGGAAUUCCUUUCUUACCUUGAACAUUAUCAGCUAACGGUUCCUGUCCGAGUGGACCAUAACGGAGAUGACCUGAACGACAGUGAGAAAAACUAUAGGCAUUCAAGGCGAAGGAGAAGUUCGGAUGUUACACCCCGAGAACCAGCCGAUUCUAAAUUAUUUUACAGACUGUCUGCCUAUGGAAAGCACUUUCAUUUAAACUUAAGUUUAAACACUAAUUUAAUCUCCAGACAUUUUAUCGUAGAAUAUUGGGGGAAUGAUGGUCCAGAAUGGAAACACGAUUUUAUUGAUAACUGCUAUUACGUGGGAUAUGUAAAGCAUGAGCACAGCACUACAAAAGUGGCUGUAAGCAACUGUAAUGGUCUGCAUGGUGUUAUUGUAACAGAAGAGGAUCAGUAUUUUAUUGAGCCAUUACAGAAUAUAUCCAAGGACAAUAACAGUGACCAUAAAUAUGGCGAAGGCCACCCUCAUGUUGUUUACAAGCGUUCCUCCAUUCGACAAAGACACCAGACCAGCAUGUCAAACUGCGGAGUUCUAGAAGACCACACACGAAGAAGAAAGCCUUGGUGGUUAAACGAUCUCUCAGCUGUUUCAACCUCGUUGCCAAAUAACAGAACUACAAAUAGUCCCCAUCGACAAAAGAGAUCAGUAAGCCUUGAGCGCUUUGUGGAAACUCUGGUAGUGGCAGACAAAAUGAUGGUGGGAUACCAUGGCCGUAAGGACAUCGAACAUUAUAUCCUGUCUGUAAUGAAUAUUGUUGCCAAACUUUACCGUGAUUCCAGUCUAGGAAAUGUUGUGAACAUUAUUAUCACUCGUCUGAUUGUUCUUACUGAAGAUCAGCCAAACUUGGAGAUAAAUCAUCAUGCAGACAAGUCCUUGGACAGCUUCUGUAAAUGGCAGAAAUCCAUUCUUUCUCACCAAAAUGAUGGAAACACCAUUCCAGAAAAUGGGAUUGCUCAUCAUGAUAACGCUGUUUUAAUUACUAGGUAUGACAUCUGCACCUAUAAAAAUAAGCCUUGUGGAACUCUGGGCUUGGCCUCAGUGGCUGGAAUGUGUGAGCCUGAGCGAAGCUGCAGCAUCAAUGAAGAUAUUGGCUUGGGUUCAGCAUUCACAAUUGCACAUGAGAUUGGUCACAAUUUCGGCAUGAACCAUGAUGGAAUUGGAAACUCCUGUGGGACGAAAGGUCAUGAAGCAGCAAAGCUCAUGGCAGCUCACAUUACUGCCAACACCAAUCCAUUCUCCUGGUCUACGUGCAGCAGAGAUUAUAUCACCAGCUUUUUGGAUUCUGGGCGUGGAACUUGUCUGGAUAACGAACCACCAAAGCGUGAUUUUCUUUAUCCAACAAUAGCACCAGGACAGGUGUAUGAUGCUGAUGAACAGUGUCGGUUCCAGUAUGGCACAACAUCACGACAGUGUAAAUAUGGGGAAGUGUGCAGAGAGCUCUGGUGCCUCAGUAAGAGCAAUCGAUGUGUAACCAACAGCAUCCCUGCAGCUGAAGGUACUCUAUGCCAGACAGGAACUAUUGAAAAAGGGUGGUGUUAUCAAGGAGAAUGUGUACCUUUUGGUUCUUGGCCUCAGAGUGUAGAUGGGGGCUGGGGACCAUGGUCCAUAUGGGGAGAAUGCAGUAGGACAUGUGGGGGAGGAGUCUCCUCAUCUCUAAGGCACUGUGACAGUCCAGCGCCUUCUGGUGGAGGGAAGUACUGCCUUGGAGAAAGAAAGCGAUAUCGCUCUUGUAACACUGAUCCUUGUCCAAUUGGAUCACGCGACUUUCGUGAAAAGCAGUGUGCAGACUUUGAUAAUUUACCUUUCCGUGGAAAGUAUUACAACUGGAAGCCAUACACUGGAGGUGGUGUUAAGCCAUGUGCUUUGAACUGCUUGGCUGAAGGAUAUAACUUUUACACUGAACGAUCUCCUGCAGUCAUUGAUGGAACUCGCUGUCAUGCAGACUCACUGGACAUCUGUAUUAAUGGAGAAUGCAAGCAUGUAGGUUGUGAUCACAUUUUGGGCUCUGAUGCAAAAGAAGACAGAUGUCGUGUUUGCGGCGGUGAUGGAAGCACAUGUGAAGCAACAGAAGGUUUAUUCAAUGAUUCCCUGCCUCGUGGAGGAUACAUGGAAGUAGUUCAGAUUCCAAGAGGCUCAGUCCAUAUCGAAAUACAGGAACUGGCAAUGUCAAAAAACUAUAUUGCUUUGAAAUCUGAAGGUGAUGAAUAUUACAUAAACGGUGCCUGGACUAUUGACUGGCCAAGAAAAUUUGAAGUUGCUGGCACAGCUUUCCAUUAUAAGAGACCUGCAGACGAGCCAGAGUCUUUGGAGGCAUUAGGGCCCACCACAGAAAAUUUAGUUGUCAUGGUGCUUCUACAAGAACCGAACCAAGGGAUUCAGUACAAGUUUAACGUUCCAAUCACGCGCACUGGUAGUGGUGAUACAGAAGUGGGAUUUACAUGGCAUCAUCUGCCAUGGUCAGAAUGCUCAGCCACCUGUGCUGGAGGUGCACAGAAACAAGAGGUAGUUUGUAAAAGAUUAGAUGACAAUUCCAUUGUGCAGAAUAGUUAUUGUGACCCUGACAGUAAGCCACCAGAAACUCAGAGAGCUUGCAACACGGAACCAUGCCCACCAGAAUGGUUUAUUGGAGAUUGGUCAGAAUGCAGCAAAACAUGUGAUGGUGGAAUGCGUAUACGAACUGUAUUGUGCAUUAGGAAAAUUGGACCAUCUGAGGAAGAAACUCUAGAUGACAGCCACUGUCUCACCCACAGGCCGAUUGAGAAAGAGCCCUGUAAUAAUCAGUCCUGUCCCCCGCAGUGGGUUGCGCUGGAUUGGUCUGAGUGUACUCCCAAAUGUGGCCCAGGAUUUAAGCAUCGAAUUGUUUUAUGUAAGAGCAGCGACCUGAGCAAGACUUUCCCACCCUCCCAUUGCUCGAGUGAAAGCAAACCUCCAGCCCGGAUUCGUUGCAGCCUUGGGCGAUGCCCACCUCCUCGAUGGGUCACUGGAGAAUGGGGCUUGUGUUCUGCACAAUGUGGUCUUGGCCAGCAGAUGAGAACAGUUCAAUGUCUUUCGUACACUGGCCAGCCAUCUACUGAGUGUCCUGAAACCCUUCGACCACCCUCAAUGCAACAGUGUGAGAGUAAAUGUGACACUACUCCUAUCACCAAUGCAGAAGAAUGCAAAGAUGUGAACAAAGUGGCUUACUGCCCACUGGUGCUGAAGUUCAAGUUCUGCAGCAGGGCGUACUUUAGACAGAUGUGCUGUAAGACCUGCCAAGGACACUGACCCAAAGCAAGCCUCGUUAAUUCUAUCAUGGAAAAUGUGCCUGCCCUGAAUUCAAAAAGGAUCGGGAUUUGAUGUCCCACAAACUCUACCCUGUGGAAAUUGUAACCACUGGUCAGCUUCAGCUGACAAUAAUUUGCUGUUAUUUUAACUUCUGUGAAGUGGGAUUUUUUUUUAAACUAAGGUGCUGGACACAGAGUGGAGGAGAUGCCAGUUCUAAGUUUUCUGCUCAGCAACAUGAAAAACACUCAGCUGUUAAGGACACGCACGUUCACUUGAACAAAUUGAAUAGUUGGUUCAUCUCCAGGGACCAGAAAGUUAAUGUAAUAUAUAUUGGACCUAAAUAAGAGAGAACAGUUUGUAUAUGUUCAAAAGCUGAUAAAGCAGAAAAUAAUAAUUAUGUGAGCUUGCCUAGCUAAAUAAAAACUCUGAAAGAUAUGCUUUCAACACACUUUAGGAACAAUUACAAUUAUUUAUCUCUCACAACAGUGACCAAAAGAAGUUUUAUAGUAUCAACAGAUAAGUUAUUUAAUAAAAACCAAAAAUGGAACAGAUUUUUUCUGUACAUGGUGCUACAUUUCUAGUCCUUUCCACUAAAAUUCCUAUUUUCAAAACUAUGUGGUUUAAAAAGACGAUACCCCAACACUGGAAAUCUGAGUCAGAUUUGCUCCAUUUAGUAAAUGAAAGUGAAUUGAAAAAUUAUUCCAGUAAGGCUAUUGAGUGCAUCCAAAUCAAUGAAGGUUUCUUGCUGCCAACCAGACAUUGAAGUUUCAAACUUAAGUGUACAAAGUAAUUUUAACACUUUUUAAAUUUGCUAUGUUUUUCAACAAAUUAAAGGCAAACAUGGCUGAUAAUUUACCAUUGUGAAGUAAGGGAAGGCAGAGAUUUCUCAGCCAUUGCCCUCCCAAUCUAAAAGAUGCGCAGAGCCUGAAAUGUACUGCUCUAACUGCCCUUGUUUACACCACUGGUUUUGGAAUGGCUUUGUCCACACAGGCAUCUAGUUUCUUAAACCAGGCUCCGUUCAAGCAGUUCUGGUUGAGACCACCAUGCUAGGUAUAACACACAGACUAUCUGCUUUGAAAUGAGACACACCUAUCAAAAAAACUUGCAAUAAAAAAAAUGCUCCAGGUGCUUUUCUAUUUCAAAAGAGGAAACCCUUGUUUCAAAAUCAUUUUUGUGCUGCUGUCGAGAUAAAUGCAGCCAAAGAAUAUUUGGAAAAGAGAAAAUAUGAAUGAUGUUAGAAGCUUUAGUAGCACUACUCUCAGUAGGAGUAUUAGCAAUACAUUAUGUUUAGAUUUGACAAUGUAUUGUUUACCUGAAAUAAUAUUUAAAUGUGAAACCACAUAGUAUUUGUACACUAAAGGUAAAACCAGACAUGAUUCCAAAGCCCAGUGCUUGCAAAGUAAAUGGCCUAGCUUGAUUAAAGACUCAAUAUGGAGGUAAUAAAAGAGGAUACUUGUUCAUAUUACUAUAGUACUUGAACACUUGCAAGCUGCAGCAAGUACUUAAUGAAUGUGCAUUUGUGUUGAACUGUGCCUCUUUUGUCUAGUGCAAUGAACCUAUCGUAAGUGAGAAUAUUUGUAAAUCAUUGUGUACAAAAUCCAUUAACAUGCAAAACAGGGCACUUUUCAUCAGUUAAGUGAGAUUCUGUAGAUUUUGAAUGAAACAAAUUUUUAGUAGAGUACAUUUAUUUUCAUUUCAAAGGAAUUAUUUUAAAGUAAUUUUCGUGAAAAAUGUGAUUCUUUAAAAUAAAGAAAACUAACUAGCUAAUUACACAUCAGCUAAAAUACUUAAUCAGCAAGGAUGUGAUUUGUUACACAACAAUGUACAAGUUAAUAAUUUCCUCUAAUGGCAUCUUGCACAGGAAAUUGUCAUUUUGCAUAUUUUUAUGAAGUCAUAUGUACGAAAAAAACCUUUUCAGAUGUACAGUAAAUGCAGAGCAACAUAAGUUUUUGACAAUCUAUAUAGGAUGUUGUGCUGCACACUCAGUCAUAAUCAUGAAAAUCUUGUCUGUCACCUACUACCUCUGGACAGUAUUUUUAAACUGCUUUCUUCUAUAAUACAACUGGCCUUGCCAAUGAGGUGCUUGUUCAAAUGCCUAUAAUUGGACUUGCUUACAAACUAGUUCCAUAUAUUGGACAUCAUCUUGAAUAAAACUAAUCAGUCUACCUUGGUGCUGUCAUGCCUUGAGAAAUCUGAGCUAUCAUAAAGGGAACAGUGUUGCUAUGACAAUCCCAAGAACCAGUGCUUAAUACUCCAGGGCAUGACUCUUUUAAUCAAUAAAUAUUUCACUUUAACAAAGAACUAUGAUUAACUAAUUCCUCUUUACCUCAGAUUAUGUAUUAACAUUGCAAGACUUGUUUCCAUGGAUUGGUUUGUUUAUUGUUUUGUGGUACUGGUGCUAUAUUACAAGGGAGUUGAAUGCACAUAUCUACACUAUAAGAGAGCACUGACAGUGGAAUUAAUGCAACUCCCUCAACCUCUAUUGGAUAACAUUAUCAAAGGGAAAAGGAUACAAAAAACAAAUUAAUAAACCAAGAAAAUAAAUUUUCAACUGGGACCCAAAUAAAAUGGACAGAAAUUAGAUCAGAAAGUGUUUAAAUAGCACAGUUUAUUGCUGCUGCUACCUUGUAGCCACCUUAAUAUCAAAGACUGAAUCCUUUGUAGUUCUCAAGCUGAUAACAGUUAAUUGUUUAAACUGUAAAGGAAUUUGACAGGCCUGCCAUACUGAGAAGAACACUACUUUGUAGCCAGUACAAUGAAGAGCCCAAGGCAGACACUACAGUAUUAUCAGCAUCUGGUCAUAUAGACUAAGAAAGGGCUUGUUCACAGAAAUACCCCCAAGGUGCAUACUUCAUGGAGCGGUACAUUUAAUUAUGGACUCUAUUAAUCACUGAAUGUCACAUAAAUAUCCUUAUCCAGAAUGGAACUAGCAUUGUAUUAUUGUGAUUAGUUGCUUAUAUUUUACAUUCAGUAUUAAUGUGGUACACUGUUAUUAAAUAUUUCCUUUUUGGUAAAUUAUAUGCUAAUUUAUUGCCAUGUUUCAUGACACUUGUUCUCCAUUCAUUUCACUACGUAUAUUGAAAGUUAAUGCUGAAUGCAGUGAAAUGGUGUUCUGUAUUUGUGACACAGGACUGUUUUUCUUUGGUAAUUUAAAACAAUAAAAGUGCAG